AUGUGUGCGUAACAGUCUCGCUGUGGUACGUUACCACUGUUAGUUUCAAAGUUCACAUAUGAACUUUUAUUAUUCUGGACAAGUGGUGUAUGAAUGAAGUCUGAACAAAAGAAUUUACGGGAGAAUAAGGUUUGUGGAUAAAAGCAUACACAAUGGCAGAGAGCAAUGAGAUGACCAUCAACCUUCUUCUGCUUGGAAGAACUCAGACCGGUAAAAGUGCUGCUGGAAACAGACUGCUGGGCAGCUACGACUUUGAAAGUCAUCUCUCCCCAAGCUCUGUGACUACAUGUUGCAGUCUUGGACGCAGCAGUGGUAUUUCAGGGAUUAUACGAAGAAACGGCGGUGAGCUAGCUCUCCGUGUUCGAGUACUUGACACUCCAAGCUACCCUCACAGCAGUCUGAGCAAAGAGCAGGUGCAACACAAAGUGAGAACAGCCUUGGCUCAACACUUCAGAGAAGGCCUACAUCUAGCUCUUUUGGUCCUGAGGGCUGACCUGCCUCUGUGUCCCGGUGAAAACGAUCACGCAAUUCAGUUCAUCCAGGAACUUCUGGGUCCCACAUGGAAAGAUUUCACUGCAGUUUUACUUACUCAUGCAGACAAAGCAGAAGAGGCUGGAUUCAGUGAGGAUGCUUACUUGCGCAGUGCCUCAAGUACCCUGUUGUCACUUUUGAGCUCAGUACAGCACAAAUACAUUUUCCUAGACAACCAGAAGAGCAUAAUUAAAGAGGAAAGAGCUAUCAUCUUAAGAAAGCUCUUGAACUUUAUAAGAAAAAAUAAUUAUCAACUGCUUCUACUAAAACACACAAGGGAAUAAGAUUAGCUUUCAGGUGAUCAUUUAUCUAUUUUCUAUCAUACAUAACAUUUAAUAGAAAUAAAACCCUAAAAGUCAGCAAUAAGGACAUUCCACACCCAUACCAAAUAUUUUCACCUUUUAACAUACAGUUGGAAAUCUUUCUUUAGUAUACCAAACUAACUGCCUUUUGUAGAGUACCUUGUACUGCUGCAUCCAGAAUCCUAGCUUCAACUACAAAAUCAGAUCAAGGUAGAACUCUAAAUCAUGCUCAUAAUACGCGUGUAGUUGCAAAUGAGACUUUACACUACAGCAGAUUUGUAUAUUGUCAUCCAUACAGAACACAGAUCUGGAAAAAAAAGUAAAACAUGCACAUGAUUUUAGAUGGGGCUGUGGCACUGUAAGGGGAAAGGGAGCCUCUUAAUUUAGUGCUCAACUCUGUAAGCUUUCAAGCAGAAGUUUCUCUGAAGCCCAGAGUUUGUCAAGAGUUUUCCUAUAUUAAAAGCUAGGAGUUAUGUAACAAUAUUUCCCUACCUUGAUUCAAAAUUAAUUAGAAUUGAGAGUUUAAACUUCAAGAAUUUUGUUUAAUAAAACAUUAUUGGAUAUGCAGUUUACAAGGCAGUAAAAAUAGCUCCCAUGUGCUUAAUAUUAUUUGGCACAUUUGAAAAAACUAAUUACUAUUGCUUAUUCCCAGAUGCAUGAAAAAAAAAGCACAGUUAAGUAUAUAGGCACACACAAAACUCAUUCCAAAAAAGGAAUCUGUUAUCUCUUCUUUUAUG